AUGAAACGGGCCAACACAUCUACUUCCACUCCUAAGAUCAUUCUCAAACCGCGCCUCGCGCCAACGCCAGCUACGCCGUCUGUUGUAGAUGAAGAUGACGACGACUCCAUCGAAGAGGGCGAACUCCAGACCAAGAGAGAGGAUUCAGAGGGUGUGCUUGACGAAGAUGAACCUGGCGAUGAUGAACCCGAAGAAGGUGCUGUCGAGGGUGAAGGCGAUGAAGGCGAAGGCAGCGGAGCGGAGGAGACUGGGCUUGAAGGCGUUGAGCCACGACCGUUCCCUCGGCCCCGGGGACGCCCGCGUGGAAGAGGUCGAGGUGCUGCUCCCACUGGUCCCAGCCGCCCGAGAGGACGCGGGAGAGGAAGGGGACGAGGGCGAGGGCGGGGUCGUGGGGCUUUGACUAUUCGGCUACCAAAGCGCGACGGCGAAGAGGCUGACGAAGCUGAAGCCGAGGAGGGGGAGCAGGACGGGCGACCAUUCAUGCGAGUUGGGGGGAAGGUAUACUUUAUUGACGGCGAUGAGUUCGUCACAGACCCGGAUGAGAAAGGUGACGAGAAGGUUGAUGCGGAUGGCAAUCUGCUAGGAGGUCGUAAGUUUAAAUGUCAUACCUUCGUGCUACCCCAGCGGCACCCAAGCCGGCAGUACAUGCUCGCCAUCGACGCCGCGCGUGCGUCAGGGUUUCGUGAUUCUCUGUACUUCUUCCGACGCAAUCCGCUCGCGCUCAAGCUCUCCGCAACGCAACCCGAAAAGGAGUUCCUCAUCGCCGCAGGGAAGCUCGGUGCGCACCUGAAAACGCGCAGCGUCACCCUUGUCACCGCACGUAGUGCCUAUAAGCUUCAUGGCGCCAAGUUGAUACUAGAGGGCCGCUGGAUCACAGACGACUACUACGAAGCGAAAUCUCUUACUGAAAUCACAGAAAAAGGACUCAAGCCAGGCGACCUCGUCGGCGAGCUUCCGGACCCCCUGGGUGCCUCAUCUCAAUCCGCACCUUCAGGCACGCAGCCCGCCACCUCGACGUCAUCAGGUAUAUAUCGAGCGGGAGGGCCUACAACCAUUUUCGGGAGCACUGGUUGGGGGCCGUUUAGUGAUGGACCACACAGCGCGGUGCGCAAAUCGCUCUUAACAAGGGAGGGGCUCACGGAAGAGAAUUGGAUGUCGGAGACUGCGAGACGCGUCGGGGAUGCUGGUGAGGAAUGGGCGCGGAUGAGAAGGGAGGCAAGGGUCGCAUGUGGUGGAAUUCUUGGGGAUGGACUAGACAAGGGAAAGGGGAAGGAAUCGCUGGCGGCUGAAGGAGAGGAUAAGCGAGGGGCAACUGAGGAGCUGGAGGGUGCGGAGAGGAAGAGAGCUAGAGCGGAGGAGUCACAGUAUCCGCUUGGUGUGUACGAGCCACACACAGGACUGGUGCAUUAUCGCACAGACACGCAACCUACUCGCUGUCAUUGGGAACAAGUUGGACAGCGGAAGAUGCUUCGGGGAACGAAGGCAGGGAAUGGCGCUUGGGCGCUUGCAUGGGUCGAUACACACAUCGAGCUACCCACACCGGAAGAAGCGGAUCCAUAUGCACAAAGAAGAGCAGAAAUUUUGGAGGCCGUAAUGGAGAUGUAUUAG